AUCACCCUCACCCUCAGCCUCUAAACUCUAAAGGCCCACUUAGGACUCUCCAUUGCCUCGUGUAUCUGUUCUUCCGUAGCCACGCGCGGCAAUUGGAGAUUCACGCGCCACCAUGUCUUCUCCACCGACUCUCCCCAUUUCUAGCUCCCAAUCCAACAGCGCCGCCGCCGGAUCUCACUCUCAGCCGUCGAUCUCCGCGCCGGCCUUCCGUGCCUUCAUCUCGCGCAUGUCCUCCUCCCUCCGCUACGGUUUCUCCCAGCGCCGCCCGUGGUCGGAGCUCAUUGACCGGACCUCCAUGUCCCGGCCAGAAAACCUCACCGAAGCGUACUCUCGGAUCCGCAAGAACUUCUCGUACUUCCGCGUGAACUACCUAACCCUAAUCGCUUUCGCACUUGUCGUGUCUCUGAUCACUCAUCCUUUCUCGCUUCUCGUCCUCUUCGGCCUCCUCGCAUCAUGGUCCUUCCUCUACCUCUUCCGUCCCUCCGAUCAGCCACUCGUCCUUUUCGGCCGAACCUUCGCUGAUCGCGAAACCCUAGGGAUCCUGGGGGUGCUCACGGUGUUCGUCGUCUUCCUCACUAGUGUCGGAUCGCUGUUGAUCUCCGCUUUGAUGGUUGGUUUGGCGAUCGUGUGCGCCCACGGUGCUUUUCGAGUCCCUGAGGAUUUGUUUCUUGACGAUCAAGAGCCGAAUAGUGCUGGAUUCCUCUCGUUCCUCGGAGGAGCCGCCUCUUCUGCCGCAGCGGCCGCUGCGCCGUCUGUCUCGCGCGUGUAAACGGCUGGAUCUGGACGACCUCUGUGUCCUAUGGAUUGUUCUGAGGUUGGUUCGACGUAUCUUCUUGUAUUUUGCUGAAUUGAAAUUGUUACGAGAUUCUUUGGCUUUAGAGAUCCAAAGCAAAUUGCUUAGGGUUUGGUACUGUAAUAUCUGUAUACCUAGAGAUUAUUGUGCUCUCAAUUGAUGCAGUUUAGUCAUCAAAUUUUUGUUCUGCAACUACUCGUCAUUCUUGCUAUAUUUGAAUGUGCAUUUUUUAUUUCGCGUUCAUACUUAUCCAUUUUUAUUGUUGGAUCAGAACCAGAGAUUCAGAAAAU